UGAUGACCGAGAGGUAGGGCGACUAUAUUCUGAUGUAUUCCUCUAUAUCAUCCAUCUUGUCUUUUUCUGAUGUUUUGAUAAACGUCAUAAAAAGAGGAAGAAGAAAUUGAUUGUUAUACCUGUUCUAAGCUUUGUGAUAUACACAACCAUAACAAAACUUGCAAAACCACACAAUGAACCACACCUCAAUGAUUGUAAACACAAAUUUUUAAAUCUGAUUUAUAUACAAAUUUAGUAUUCGGAAACAAUUUAAAUAAAAAUAUGGCUAUUUCAACGGGCCCUCCUAGUGUCUAUUCACACGUCACUACCAGAAGUAGUGCGAACUUACGAAGCACCAGAAGUUUAAAAUCCCUCAGGACUCCCUGGUAUAAAAAACCAUUGGUUCAAGACGCUAUUUUCUUAGAUGUGCAACGAGCGUCCAUGAUAACUGCUGUGUUCUCUUUGUUGUUAUCAAUAUUUACUGUGAUCUCAGGUAUAUUUGACUUGUACUGCUAUGUGAUGGCGGCCCCCGGGUCAACUCAUUACGGCUAUUACGUUAUUUCAUAUCAAUUUGUGUAUGUUGGAUCGCGACAUGUUAGAAACACACUUGUUAUGUUUGCAGUUUUUUCUGUGUUACUAGCAAUUGGAGUGUUUGUGACAAGUAUAAUCUUGAUUAUUUCGUUAAGAAAGGAAUACGAAAAAAAGAUGCUGGCAUGGAUUUACACGUUUGCAGUGUUCACACUGUUUAGAUUUUUAGCGUUUUUAUUUUUUUCAAUUGUAAAUGACAUGAUUUUCGCUUACAACAUCAUAAUGUGCCUUCUGUGGAGUAUCUUUAUAAUACUGUCCUUUUAUGGAUGGGUUUUGGUGUAUUCCCUCUACAUUGAACUGAGUGACCUAACUAAAUUGGAAGAUUUGGCUCAUUUAAGGACAUUUGAAAAAAAUGAACCAGAUGGGCACCAUGCAGUCAUUAAAUGCCUCCACAGUUCCAUCAUUGGCGGGAUCCCGUCCAACAACUCCACACAGCACUGUCUCGACGAUGCCAGUUUAACCACCACAACCACAAACAUUGAAUCACCAACAACUGAAACUCUCGGAGGACCAUCUCAGUCUUCAUCUUUUAUUACUGACAUUAUGCCCAUGAGUACUGUGUUUCCAACUAGCAUUAGUAAGCAUACAGAUCUGUCUAGCUUAAGCGAAAUUCAAUAUUCCGAUGCUACAACUGCAGAAGCAGGACCUUCUAGACCUAUGUCGGUUGUUACAGAAAUAUCAUAAUUUGCCUUAAUAGGAAACCAAACAAAACAUAUCAUAUGUCUUAUAUUUCUGCCAGGUUUUAUAAUUGCUAUGUAACUAAAAAUCUAUUAUUGUAAAAUUUUAUUUAGAUUCCAAAUAACUCAACUUGUUCUGUUCUGUUUGGUUUUUCAAUCACCAUUUACGGCUACACUAAGGUAUAUUUAGUACAUGAUUAAUAGUAGUGUCUUAAGAGUUGAGAGUGUAAAAUGACUAUUUUUUAUUUUAAUGUUAAGAUUUUUAUACUGAGUUGUAAACAAUUCCGUCCAAUCAAAAUUAAAUUUUGCCAAACUUGUUUUAUUUUUCAUC